ACGCAUAUACAUACAUGGCCUCAAAAUGCUUGUUAUUUAUAGUGAUAUUUUCGUGUGGUUUGACGGCUUAUUCUCUACCAAACACUUCUGCUGCCAAUGCCAAUGCCUCGUUUUAUAAACCAGGUACUUACGUUUUAUUUGGACCGUUGGUUUUUUAUUCAUUAUGUACCAAUUGUUGUGAAUAUUAUUUUUUCUUUAGCCUGCGUUUAUUUAGAUGGAUAAAUUUAUCUAUUAAAAAUGAUGAAUAAUACAAAUUUAUACCUUUAAAUGUCUCCUUACUUUCCAACAUUUGACACAAAAAGAGAUGCUCACCAUUUUUCAUUCCUUAUUUUUACUUUAAGGAUGAAUAAUAUUAUCACACCAAAAAUGGAGGGAUAAUAUUAUCCAUCCUUGAAGUGAAAAUAAGGAUAAAAAAAUGAUGAACAUUUCUUUUUAUGUCAAAUAUUGAAAAAGAAAUGAGACAUUUAAAGACAUAAAUGUGUGUUAUUCAUUAUUUUUCAUGGAUAAAUUUAUCCAUUAAAGUAAAUGCAGCCUAAUAAAAGUUCAUACAUUUUGGGUCUAAAAGAUAGUAUUAAUACAGAGAAGAGUGACUCUAAUGAAAUAGUAUUAUACAGAAUUUACUCCGUCUUCUCCAAUUCUCUUACUUUGAACAUAGGAUUUUCGUCAAGUCACUUUUGUCGGUUUGUGUGCGAGGUUAAAGAAUUAUGAUAUAAUUAUAUUACUAUCUCAUCUACAAAAUGGUGCAUAGAAUUCCAAAAUUUGUAUAAUACCUACACUUGGCCAUUUCUCCAUAAAAAAUCUUUGAUUUUGAGUUUUGAGGCACAUAAUUUAUGUAUAUAAGUUGGUUAGUGGCUAACACGUGAAUUGCACUACCAGAAACUGACACUGAAAAUUGAAAUACACACGACAAAAGCCGAACCGUGGACUCCACCCUUCACUCUCUCUCUCUUAAUAUUCUCUUCUGCCUCUAAUCCACGCCAUUACAGCCUCUGAUUAAGUUCAUAACACGCCAUAAACCAGACGUAAUUUCGAGUUUAGGGUUUCGAAACAUCGAUCCCCCUUUUCCAGAAUCAGUUCUAGUCUGGUUGUAAUUAUAUUGAAAAUAUGGGUGAUUGUGGUGAAACGGAGCAAGGCGCGUAUCUGGACAGCUUGCUGAAUCUGGAAUCGUUGAGGCAGAGCCUGGUGCGGCAGGAAGACACCAUCAUCUUCAGCCUGAUUGAGAGGUCCAGAUAUCCGAUCAACUCGCGCUUGUACGAUCAAUCCGCCGCUCCUUCUCUCUUGCGCUUCUUCCUCGAGGAAUCCGAAGCUGUUCAAGCUAAGGCUGGUCGUUACACUUCACCGGAAGAAAACGCCUUCUUCCCAGAUAGUUUACCUCAUCCUAUGCUGCCUCCUCCUAAGCAUAAACCAGUCUUGCAUCCUUCAGGAGCUUGCAUCAACAUAAAUGACAAGAUAAUCAGUCACUACCUCGAGACGUUGGUCCCUCUCGUUGCUACCAAGGGCGACGAUGGCAACUACGCAGCCACUGCAGCCACUGAUCUCGCGUGUUUGCAGGCCCUUUCAAGAAGGAUUCACUUUGGUAAAUUUGUGGCUGAGGUCAAAUUCAGAGACUCCCCUCAAGACUAUACUCCGGCUAUACUUGCUAAGGAUAAGGAAGGUUUGAUGAAGCUGUUGACGUUUGAGAGCGUGGAAGAGGCGAUCAAGAAGCGAGUGGAGAAGAAAGCGAUGGUGUUCGGGCAGGACGUGGGGCUCCAAGAAAAUGGCAGCAGGUAUAAGGUUAAACCUGCACUGGUUUCUCAAAUGUAUGGGGACUGGCUCAUCCCUUUGACAAAAUUUGUUCAAGUCGAGUACCUUCUUCGUCGUCUCGAUUGAUCAACAUUUUCCCCAUUCCUCUGCUUCUGUCUUGAUCAACUUCAACCACUCCAUCGAUCACCAUUCUUUCGUUGGUAAUUAUUUGAGUGUACCUUUUGUGGGAAGAGUUAAUGAAAUCUAAUAUCAUGUAUUGGUAGUUGUUUAUCUUCUUUGUGAAGUGAAUGAGAUUCUAUAUUUUCUGGUA